UUAUCAUUUACCACUUUCAAAAUUCAAAAUCUUUGCAUUUUUUCUUUUUUAUUUAGUUUUACAGUAAUGACAGAAUUAGCAAAAAAAGAAGCCCCGAAUACUGCACAUAGUGUAAAUGUCCACGUAGAAUAUUGCGGUGCCUGCGAUUAUGGAGGACAUUGCCUUGCACUUGCUCAGACUAUUCGACAAAGUACUCCAAAUGCUACAGUCUCCUGUAAGCGAGGGCGACAAGGCAGUUUCGAGGUAGUAAUAAAUGAUAAAUUGGUAUAUUCAAAACUCCAAACCAUGGCUUUACCGGAUUACAAUGAAGUGUCUCAAGUAGUAAAUGACGUGUCAAAUGGAAACGCACCGAGGGAGAUAAAAGGACAACAACCAAUCAACUGUGUAAUAUCAUAAUAUGUAUUUAUAAAAUAUAUAAUGUAUAUAACCUUGCUAUAACCUUGAAAAUCCCUGUAACAAACUAGUCUUAAAUGCAUCUUAAUAAUAAGGCAAGUUCAAAACUAA